GAACGUAUAGAAUUAAAGUCCGCGAAGCACAGAACCGAUUUGCUUUUAAAACGAUUAAAUGGCGGACUGACAAUACUGAUCGGUGAUUGGUUGAAAAUGGACUGAAGAAUUGAAGUUAUACAGGUAAAUUAUACGUAUUAUAUACCAAUAUAGUGAAUGUGUACUUACACAAAUCUGAAAAUUUAAAAUAACAAUAAUAAUCAGUUCCUAUGUUUUUUCAAUACUCUAUUAUUAUUUACAUUUUUUAUUACAAGAUAUUCUUAUUUUGACAUUUUAUUUGUGUUGUUAUAUUUAUUAUAUUUAUUAUAAAGCUAUUUAUACGUAAUUAUGUUAUAAAGUGAAAAAGAAAUUAUGUAUAAUUGUACAAAAAUUGAUAAAAAAAAUGAUGUUUUAUUUCUAUUAGUUAGUUUAUUUAUUAGUGAAGUCUAUAUGUAUUUCCUUAUAUACUUAUGCAAGUUAUGUGUAAGUUAUGUGCACUUAUUGUUAUUAAAAAUAUUAUAUAAACAACAUUAAAUAUGUUAAAAAUCAAUAAAAAAUAUGUUUAAAAAAUAUGUGAACUAUCAGCUGUUUGUUUCUUUAUUUUUAGGUUAAAGUUUACUUAAUUUGAGAAAUAUUUUAUACUUUAAAAACAGUGUUAUAAAAAUGUCUACUACAUCAGGAGCAAAUAAUCCAUUUAAGGAUGAAGCAUUAAUAGAGAAUUCUCAACAUUUUGAAGAACGUGCAGAACGAAAUCGUCAAAAAGCAUUGCUUUUAAAAAAGUCUAAAAUAGUUUCUCAUCCUUACAUAAGAAGUGAAGAUGGAGAUUCAACAAAGAGUGCAUCCUUUAAAGUUCAAGGACAACGUGUUAUAGAUAGUGGAGGAGGUUUUCUUAUAGAAGAAAGUGAUGAAUUAGAAGAAGAAAUGUUAAAAAUAACAUCAGAUCCUGCACCAAUACUUAUAGAUUUUCCUUAUUGUGAUGAAUGUAAAAAAGAAUUUAAAGAUUCAUAUUUAUUACAGACAUUUAAUAUGUCUGUAUGUGAUAACUGCAGAGAUCCCAAGGGCAAACAUUCUUUGAUUACAAAAACUGAAGCAAAACAAGAGUAUUUAUUAAAGGACUGUGAUUUAGAUAAAAGAGAACCUCCAUUAAAAUGUAUCACUAAAAAGAAUCCUCAUAAUGCAAAUUGGGGCGAAAUGAAACUGUACUUGCACUUACAAGUAGAACAGAGAGCUUUAGAAGUAUGGGGUUCUGAAGAAAAAUUAUUAAAGGAAAAAGAAUUGCGUGAUAUUAAAAAGGAGGAGACUAAAAUAAAAAGAUUUAAUAAGAAGAUUAAACAAUUGAGAAUGCAAGUCAGAAGUUCGUUGUAUGAUAAAACAUCAAAAGCAUCUCAUACACACGAAUUUGGAGAAGAUACAUAUAAUGAACAUAAUGAUACAUAUACACACAUUUGCAUUACUUGUGGAUAUGCAGAAACAUAUGAGAAAAUGUAAAUUUUAUAAUAAUAAUGUAUAUUAUGAUAUUUAUUAGACAAUUUUCAGAUAUAAUUUUCUUAUAUUGAGUAAUUUGUUCAUGAUUCGUGAGAUGCGUACACAUAAUAAAAAAGGA